AGGAAAACGCAGGGAUUAGUGUGUUUACAAUUCCUAGCAUCCUGGGUGCACCCGGCAUCAACCUGCCAUCAGACACAUGCAAUUUGCAUUUGCAAGCUGGUGGGCUUAGCCUAUCGUAUAACAGCUUCUCUUUUUGCUUUCUUUCCUGGGUUGUUGUUUAGGUGGUGGUGGUGGACUCUUCUUGUUCUGGAACCGUCGCAGCGUCGGGCCACCCACCAUCUGUGGAAGUGGGACAAGGGAACAGAUGGCGUAUCCAAGCCGGGCUGCAGGGUUGCUGACGCUGAGCGUUCGUGCAGAACUGGAGAUGAGUAUCAAUCAUUAAAAUAAAGCACUGCCGCCGGAUACAGCACAGUGCGUUUUUCAGGGUUACCAAUGCCAAUGUGGUUGCGAUAGAAGCGAGGGUGGGGGGACUGGAAGCAUCGUAUGUCGACCAUAUUGAUGCGCAACGAUCGGGCGACGAUUUGACCGCUGGCAUCAACUUAAUCCCUUCUGACGUGUCUCUGUCUCGGUGAACAAUGGUUGACAAUCGCUACGCCACAGCUCUGGUCAUCGCCUGCGUGUUGAGCAUCAUAGCCACCGUGUAUCUGUCGGUGGCAAUCGGAACGCAGCACUGGUACCAGUACAGCAGCCCCACGGUGCGCGGAGAGGCCAACAUUUCCGAGUUGCGCUCACUAUACGAGGAGUUCAUGGACGGAGAAUUCGAUGAGAAAACCUACAGCGACACGCUGUUCCGUCUCAACGGGACUGUGGGUCUCUGGUGGCGGUGUGUGCUUGUUCCUGCCAACGCUCACUGGUACAAAGAGCCAGGUGCCAAGAUGGUGCUGGAGUGUCGAAGCUUCACUCUACCUCAACAGUUUACUCCAAAGUACAAAGAACCAGGGAACCACAACAGUGGGGAGGACAUGGUGCGCACAUACCUGUGGAGGUGCCAGUUUCUGCUGCCAUUGGUGUCUCUGGGUCUAGUGGUGUUGGCAGGUCUGACUGGAUUCUGUGCCUGUCUGUGCCGAAGCCUCACACCAACUCUUGGAAUAGGAGUGCUUCACAUGCUGGCUGGUCUCUGCACCUUAGCCACAGUGUGCUGCUACCUGGCGGGGAUGGACCUGCUCCACAGGGUGUCGAUGCUACCCGACAAGGUGGACGGCUCUCUCGGCUGGUCGCUGUACCUGGUCCUCAUUUCUUCACCACUCCACAUGAUGGCUGCCGCCCUGCUAGUGUGGGCGGCGCGCAGCCAUAGUCAGAACUACUACCGCAUGACUGCCUACCGGGUGGCAUAGACUGAGAUUUAGCUCUGGAUCUUAAGCCCUGUUUAGAGUCUGACACCAAGAUUCAUUUUCUUAAUGAGUUGUGGGUUUUUUUCCUCUACAUAUUUUCCUCUACGUGUUUUUGUCUCUCAAGGAUUAAGAAUUUUUGCAUGUACUGUACAGUGAUGACCUUUCUUGCUGCGUUAACAGAUUUGAUUUUUAUCUCCUGGGGGUUGGGGUAUGGAAAUGGUUUGCAAAUCAGAUUUACCAGAACAAUAUGUAUAAUGUAGUAUACGUGUGCUUCAGACUAACUUAAAACGAAGUGGAGAAGCAUUAGCAGUGCCCUACAUUCAUACAACAUAAAUUUAAUCAAAAUCUCCAAAGUGCAGGUCAGUCACAUCGGAAAAGUAACUACAUUGCGAUUUAUUUUCAUAGUUUUGUUCUUUGGAGGCAGUGAUAAGAAAGCAUGACCCUGUGAACUGCAUACCUGGUAUCAGAGUGCCAGAUAAAUUUAAAAAAAAAAGUAAAAGCAGGUUCUUAAAUGACUGUUUACACAGGUUUCAUGUGUACUGACUCCAGUUGGCGUUCCUUCUCACCAUCUUAUCAGAUUACAGAGAUUUUGUGAUAUUGCUGUUCUUCCUGUUUGUCGUAAGGGCACAUGCAUACAGCACAUUUUUAAACAUCUAUGAUCUGUUGAAAAUUCAACAGGAUUUAAUUUGAUCUUUUAAAAACAUCACAGUUGUUGUCAUAGGUUGCUUCAGACCAAAAUAAAGCUAACUGACAAGUCAACUGACGUAUAAUGGAAAAUAUUUUAACUUGCGCAAUUUUUGUUGAUUUUGUUGAUAACGUAUUUCGCAAAGCUAACAAAGAAUCGCAGUAGGAAGUCAAAAUUGUAGGGGUUUUUUUAUAACAAAAAAAGCUGCACACUGACUACUGUUCCUUGAUAUGUGUGAUUUUUAUCAUUUAAAUGGCGCUGACAGAAGGCACUUUAGUGAUAAGUAAGCACACUUAGUAGUAAAAGAAGUACUAGAGUCUGGGAAAAGUGUGUAUUUACUGACCUCUGCUGGUGAAAUUUUCUAGUCUGCCGCACACGUGAUUGCAGCUGAAUGUGAUGACGUUCCUGUUCGUUGCACUCGAAGAAUGUGGCCACAGGAUUGCAGUGUUGUAUUUACAGAAUGUUCCCAUGACUAGAAUUUAAUUUACAGUUCUGUUUUGAAUCCUCUGUUGUUGUUGUUGUUGUUUUUUUACUUAAGUUUAUUUAUUUAUUUAUUGUUUAUGGUAGUUAUUAUGUUCAGACUGUGUGUAUAAUUUGUUUACUACACGAUGUAUGUAUUGCAUUGCUUUGUUUGCUUUUUGAUCCCAUUUAUCAUGUUGUGACUGAUUUUUGUAGAAAAAAGUGAAAACCACAGUAGUGCUCAUUUACUAAUUUGUUUAGCCGAGCACAUACAUUCAUGAAAGUAAUUUUCUUAGUUCAUAUUUGGGUGUUUUUUGUUGUUUAUUUGAUCGAUGUAUGUCCCUCAGCUGACUGAUUAAUGUGCUGAAAAACAAACAUAAACUGUUUCAGUUUCAUUUCCCUGGUUGGCACUAUGAAUGUACUUUAAAGGCCAUAUUAUGAUAAGCUACAGCAUUUCUUUGCACCUAAAUUAAUUUCAAACAUAUUCUGACCACUGCUGUAGUAACCAGUAGUGAAUUUCUAUAUUUUUGAAAUGUAAAUAUUAAAAUAAUUACAUACAUUUGGAGAAAAAAAUACCACUAUUACCCACAAAUUCAUGAUAUCUGUUUGUGAAAUAUCACUGCUGAUAAAGAUUUAUGAGCUUCAUGAAUAUCUGUGAAAUUAUUCACUGUUCGUCUCAUUAUGAAACACAUUGUAUUUUACACAUUCACCCUUUAAAUACUAGAAACUCAAUCCCUGAAUGCACACCACCAUGUGUUGUUUGUGAAAGAGUGCUUCAUCCCCCUGUUGUGAGCUGCAGCGGUUAAUAACUAUAUUUAAAUAUCGUGUGUGAGUGUGAACAAGCAUAACACAUGUCACCAUUUCAAUAAAAGGUUUUGUAAAAACUG